AUGCUCAGCCUCACAGAACUGAUUCGAGAGAUACCAGCCACCGAAGAAGACUCACCCGAAGACAUUUUCGUAUCAGCACCUGGAUUCUUGUUCAGUGACGACCUACGCAACAUACAUGGCGACCCAGGCUCCGUCAUUGUAUACACGAGCAAACGCUUUGGCGAGAUCUCAAUGACCCCGGCCAUCCCCGAUAGCGAGGAAGAAAGAACGCUUUUCAGCCACUAUCUCUGGAAUGCCGGCAUCUUGAUGGCCGAGAGGGUCAGUGGACAACGGCUGGUAAACGACGAGGAAGAGAGACAAUGGAGCGUGCAAGGACAUGAUGUGCUCGAACUCGGUGCAGGCGUGGGACUCGCCGGCAUCGUCAGUACUCUUGCUGGCGCCAGCGGCGUGUGCAUAACCGACUAUCCCGCCAAAAGCACACUCGACAACAUCAAACGCAAUGUCAAGCACAACAUCCCACAAGAGAUUGCAUGCAGAGCAAGAGUAGAAGGCCAUGCGUGGGGCGUCUUUGACGAUGACUUUGCCAAAGCCAAUGGUCGCAAGUUCGACCGAGUACUGGCAGCAGAUUGCUUUUGGAUGCCAUGGCAGCACGAGAAUUUGGCAUUGUCGAUGCUUCACUUCCUUUCGGACGACUCGGACGCUCGAGUGCUUGCAAUUGGAGGUUUCCACACAGGUCGGGCAAAGCUCGCAGCUUUCUUUGACGUGGCAUCCGAAAAAGGACUCGAAGUUCAGGACAUGUAUGAAGAAGACGCCGAAGGCACGAGGAGAGAAUGGGUCAAGGAGAAGGAUGGAGGAAGAGAGAAUGUCACAGAGCGCAAGAAGUGGCUCACCAUAGCCAUUCUACGACGUGCAAAUCAGAAAGGACUCUGA